AUGAGUAGUUUCGAGCAAGCCAUGACGGCUAAUGCUCUUUCCUCCGGGAAAGGCGAUCCGCCAGAAACCGAUUUGGAUUAUUAUUCUAAACCGGAAAACUACACAGGAAGCAGUUUGCAGACUAUGCAAAGAUUCAAAAUUGCAAAAGACAAACAAGAUAGGGAAAAUGAAGACAAGAACAAGAAAAAGGAGAAAAAACAGCAAGGUUUCAGUCUUCUGGCAAGGUACAAACACAUACUCAAAGGCAUUGUGGAUGACGGCGAUGACGAAUCGUCUUCAGAGGAGGAGGAAGACGAAAGUAAGGAUGACGACAGUGGGUUGUCAACAAAGAAGGAUUGUAUAAUUAUGAAACCUAUAUUAGAAGGUAUAUCAGAGGACGCAGAGGAGGAAGCCAGCAGCGAAACAACAGACCAGGCGCCCAAGAAGGAAGACGCACAAUCUCCUAAAAAGGAGAUACAGUCUGCGACCGAAAAGCGUGCUAGUCAACUAGACGAUAUAAAGAGAGACUCCCUCACCCCUGAUGGUAUGGCGCCUAAGGGGCAAGAAUCUACCACUAUCUUGGAGGGCGCUUCGCCAAGGUCCGGAAUGGAUCUUUGUGACUCCCCUACUGAGAGCACUUUUUCAGUUGGCUCUUCCAAAAGAAAGAGCACGAUGAGUCAAGGCCGAGGAAAUUACAUUAUGAAGACAAAGCUGGAGAAAGAAGUUCGUGCCAAAAUUGCAAGGGACCGCUUCCAGAAAGCCUGCAGAUUCGUGAAAAUGGUAUUAAAAAUUUCCGCAGCAGCGGGCACGGAUCCUUCAGUGGACACUGGUAUGAAGACAUUCACAGACCUUGCCAGUGAGGCGGAGACCCAGCCACAUUCAUCAGGGUUGACCUUUGACCCCUCAUACUUCAAAGCUAAAAAAGAGAUCAAUAUUAGUACGGAAGUAAAGACCAUACUCAGUCUGCCAUCCGAGGAGAGGACUGCAGAACAGAUACAGACGGCGAUGUUCGGACUGCAGAGUCUGCGAUCAUUUGCGGAAUAUCCACUUCACAUGCAGGAGAAACUGGCAAAGGUCGCGUGGUUCGAAGUUGUUCCUGCUAAGCGCAUCAUCAUUCGCCAGGGACAUUUUGCCGAAAACUUUUAUUUCAUAUUGUCAGGCCAAGCUGUUGUAACGUUAUUGUUACGAAAUCCCAAGACUGGUGCUUCCUUCGUCAAGACAGCUACUAUAAUGAGAAGGGGAAUGAGUUUUGGGGAGUUGGCCCUGCUGCAUCACUCUCGUCGGACAGCAACCGUAACCAGCCAAGGAGGCUGUCAACUGCUGACCAUUGGUCGUCAAGACUUCUUCGAUAUCUUUAUGAGUGGACAAGGUGACCAAAUCCCAGAACAUAUACGAUUUGUAAGUCAAUGUGACUUCAUGAGGGACUGGCCAAUAGACAACCUACUAGAACAACCCCAGUUUUGUCUGCUCCACUUUUUCAAACGGAAUGUAGUUGUUGUGAAGGAUAGCAACUUCUCUGAGUGGCUGUAUGUCGUCAAAGCUGGAUCUUGUCAGGUGCUGCGUGAACUAAAGGGCGUCAAAGCCAAGAUUAAAUAUAAGGCAUCCUUCAGCGACGAGGAUCCAAAACUACCAACACUCGGUGCAAAUGAAGCUCAACCAAAAAUUGACACUGGUAUUCGGAAGAGGAAAGUGAAAGCUGAGGGAGAGGUUGAACUAGAUACACAGGACCAAGAAUAUAAGAGACAGAAGGAGAACACUCCUCCAGGAUCACAGGGAGGUGCCAGGCAGAAACAGAAUUUCUCGAAGGAUAACUAUUCCAAGUUCCCAACGACGCAAAAAGCUCAUUUCUCUGUGAUUCGUGAAACAUCGGGAACGAAGAAGAAAUACCAGGUUCCCGAAAGAUGCAAACCUCCUAAGCCGCCGGAGCCCAUCAAAGAAACAAAUGGAAAACCACCUCCUGUAUUCGUUCAAGUAGAGGCACUCAAACCGAGGGACUCAUUUGGUUUGGAGACUAUUGUAUUCCCUGAUGAGGCUGAGCGUGAAAAUACCAGUGUUAGUCUGGUGAGUAGAGGAGCAGAACUGAUCAUGGUGUCCAAAGCCUUCUUCAUCAAACACGCCACCCCUACGGUCAGACGGCAGAUACGUAACAAUGUCCAGCCUUACCCGGAUGAAAACACAUUUCAGACUAAUCUUCAAAUCAAAGCCGACUGGGAGUUAUAUAAGAACCACCUUAUAGAAGACCUUACAUCACGUAUAUAA